AUAAUAUGGGGAACUCAGGGAGCGGAUGGUGGACUGUGGUGGAGUGCGCUUGCAGGAUCCUGGGUGUUUCUACAGCAACAGUGUUGUGCUCUGUGGGAGUGGAGACAGUCCAACAGGGGGAAUUCAACAGCCUGGGCAUCUACCUGAUAACAUCCUCUGUCGGCAUCAUGAUGUUUGAGUUGGCAUACUUUCUGGAUUCCCUACUGUCCAUGUGUAUGCCCUGUCCUCCAAACUGGCAAGUGUUUGUCUUGUGGGGGAAGAUGGCUCGUGUUGGAGGCUUUCAUAAAUUUCUCUACUACUCCAUCAUGUCAGUGGUCUGCUUCUUGCACCCUGUGUUGGUUUGGCACGCAAUCAUCCCAGGAUCAAUGCUUUUGGUAACAGCCUUUUUCAACUUCAUACUAAGCAAGAAAGCAAAGAGCAAGUCUCCCAAGAGUCCACCAGAGAGCAACAGUGACCAAAGCCUAACAACUGUCUGCGUAACAGAAAGAUCUGGCUCCAACGGCGCGUCCUCGUUCUUCCAAGCAUUGACGGGAAGAAAGGGAGGGGAAAUGGCCCUCACAGACCCAGAUCACUGCUUCGAGCCACAGGAGAGAGGAGAGAGCGUCCAGGCCAUGCUGGAGCAGGGGCAAACAGUAGCACCUGCCCAUACAGAAAGGAGGAGGAGGUGGAAAGAGAUGGUCUGGUUCAGAGAAAGGGAGGAGCCUGUGGAAAGGGAGAUGGAGGAGAUGCAUGAGUCUGAACCAGACACCACCUCAGACACUGCACCUAUGAUCACCGACUGAACAAGUGAUACUCCUUUUUGCAAACUGCGAAGCAUGCAUGAUGUAUUCAGACUUGGUGCAAUAGUGGAAAAUAGCCAAACGAGCAUGGUGUUGUUCUUUCCUUUUGCUCUGAUCAUAUGGCUAAAAUACUGAUUGCUGUCAUUCGCAAUAAAUGUACAAAUUUGUUUGUUUUUGCCCUUCAAAAAUGUCUAAAAUAUCACUGCAAAAGCAAUAAAAAACGUAAU